GCGGGCCGGGCCCGCGCACAGCGCCCGCAUGUACAACAUGAUGGAGACGGAGCUGAAGCCGCCGGGCCCGCAGCAAACUUCGGGGGGCGGCGGCGGCGGCGGCGGCGGCGGCAACUCCACCGCGGCGGCGGCGGGCGGCAACCAGAAGAACAGCCCGGACCGCGUCAAGCGGCCCAUGAACGCCUUCAUGGUGUGGUCCCGCGGGCAGCGGCGCAAGAUGGCCCAGGAGAACCCCAAGAUGCACAACUCGGAGAUCAGCAAGCGCCUGGGCGCCGAGUGGAAACUUUUGUCGGAGACGGAGAAGCGGCCGUUCAUCGACGAGGCCAAGCGGCUGCGAGCGCUGCACAUGAAGGAGCACCCGGAUUAUAAAUACCGGCCCCGGCGGAAAACCAAGACGCUCAUGAAGAAGGAUAAGUACACGCUGCCCGGCGGGCUGCUGGCCCCGGGCGGCAACAGCAUGGCCAGCGGGGUCGGGGUGGGCGCCGGCCUGGGCGCGGGCGUGAACCAGCGCAUGGACAGCUACGCGCACAUGAACGGCUGGAGCAACGGCAGCUACAGCAUGAUGCAGGACCAGCUGGGCUACCCGCAGCACCCGGGCCUCAACGCGCACGGCGCCGCGCAGAUGCAGCCCAUGCACCGCUACGACGUGAGCGCCCUGCAGUACAACUCCAUGACCAGCUCGCAGACCUACAUGAACGGCUCGCCCACCUACAGCAUGUCCUACUCGCAGCAGGGCACCCCUGGCAUGGCGCUGGGCUCCAUGGGCUCGGUGGUCAAGUCCGAGGCCAGCUCCAGCCCCCCCGUGGUUACCUCCUCCUCCCACUCCAGGGCGCCCUGCCAGGCCGGGGACCUCCGGGACAUGAUCAGCAUGUACCUCCCCGGCGCCGAGGUGCCGGAGCCCGCCGCCCCCAGCAGACUGCACAUGUCCCAGCACUACCAGAGCGGCCCGGUGCCCGGCACGGCCAUUAACGGCACACUGCCCCUCUCGCACAUGUGAGGGCCGGACAGUGAACUAGAGGGGGGGAGACAUUUUCAAAGAAAAACGAGGGAAAUGGGAGGAGAGUAAGAAACAGCAUGGAGAAAAACCCGGUACGCUCAAAAAAAAAAAAAAAAAAAAAAAAAAGUCAUCACCCGCAGCAAAUGACAGCUGCAAAAGAGAACACCAAUCCCAUCCACACUCACGCAAAAACCGCGAUGCCGACGAGAAAACUUUUAUGAGAGAUCCUGGACUUCUUUUUGGGGGACUAUUUUUGUACAGAGAAAACCGGAGGGGGGGGGCGUGGGGAGGGCGAGGGGAUGGACCUUGUAUAGAUCUCUGGAGGAAAGAAAACUACGCAAAACUUUUUAAAAGUUCUAGUGAUACGGUAGGAGCUUUGCAGAAAGUUUGCAAAAGUCUUUACCAAUAAUAUUUAGAGCUAGUCUCCAAGCGACGAAAAAAAAUGUUUUAAUAUUUGCAAGCAACUUUUGUACAGUAUUUAUCGAGAUAAACAUGGCAAUCAAAAUGUCCAUUGUUUAUAAGCUGAGAAUUUGCCAAUAUUUUUCAAGGAGAGGCUUCUUGCUGAAUUUUGAUUCUGCAGCUGAAAAUUUAGGACAGUUGCAAACGUGGAAAAGAAGAAAAUUAUUCAGAUUUGGACAUUUUAAUUGUUUAAAAAUUGUACAAAAGGAAAAAAAAUUAGAAUAAGUACUGGCAAAACCAUCUCCGUGGUCUUCUUUAAAGGGGCAAAAGUUUUAGAUUGUACUAAAUUUUUUUUUAACUUACUGUUAAAAGCAAAAAUGGCCAUACAGGUUGACAUCGUUGGUAAUUUAUAAUAGCUUUUGUUUCCCAACUUUCCAUUUUGUUCAGAUAAAAAAAAAAAAGCAACAACAUGAAAUUACUGUGUUUGAAAUAUUUUCUUAUGGUUUGUAAUAUUUCUGUAAAUUUAUUGUGAUAUUUUAAGGUUCCCCCCCCCCUUUAUUUUCCGUAGUUGUAUUUUAAAGAUUCGGCUCUGUAUUAUUUGAAUCAGUCUGCCGAGAAUCCAUGUAUAUAUUUGAACUAAUACCAUCCUUAUAACAGGUACAUUUUCAACUUAAGUUUUUACUCCAUUAUGCACAGUUUGAGAUAAAUAAAUUUUUGAAAUAUGGACACUGAAA